AUGGUGGGCGGAUAUCGGGAGCUCGGCAUAAAAAAGGUUCUUGCUACAACCGGCAAGUUACUUUUCACAGACGAAGUGGAAGUAGUGAGGCACGAGGCAGAAAAGCUUAAUGAACAGGGCAUUGACAUUAUAGUAGUGUUGUCGCAUUGUGGCAUAGAAAUUGACAGAGAAAUAGCACUGCACGGUGGUCCAUACAUAGACAUAAUUGUAGGUGGCCAUAGUCACACGUUGUUGUACAACGAAGAUCCUCCGGCAAAUAGCGCCUUCGUCCCGCAAGGACCUUAUCCUGUUGUAGUCGAACAGGAGACAAGACAGGUAUUGAUAGUACAAGCAGCGGCGCACACUCAAUACUUAGGAGAAAUUAAAUUAUUCUUUGACGACGCAGGGAACCUUCUUGAAUGGGCAGGCAAUCCACACUAUCUGGGAAAUGAAGUAGCGCAAGCACCAGAUGUCUUAGAAAAACUGGCAUACUACCUCCCCCAGGUAGAUGAACUGGCGCGACAGGAAGUAGGCUCGUCCAUGGUUCACCUCGAUUCUAGCUGCGCUUGCGGCGAGUGCAAUCUAGGCAGUUUUAUCUGUGACGCAUUUAUGCAUGCUGCCCUGCCAUUAGCUCAGGAAGGUACUUGGAAUUACGCACAUUUCUGUGUCAUUAAUCGAGGCGCGAUACGAGUAGAUAUUGAGCCUGGAACAAUAACAUUCGAGUCAAUGCUUCUAUCGACUCCGUUCGAGAACAACGUAGAAGUGUUCCAGCUAAGAGGCGACCAUAUUAUGGAAAUGCUAGAGUUUUCCGUCGCCAAUGAACCUUACAAUGGGGCGAGAAUGCUUCAGGUUUCAGGCAUUCAAACAGUAUUUGACGGCUCCCGCCCCAAGGGUAAUCGACUUGUCUCCGCGAUCGUCCGCUGUGUAGAUUGUGACGUCCCUAGAUAUGAGAACCUAGUCCCGGGAAACUAUUACAGAGUUAUCACCUCCGACUUUAUAGGGGCGGGUGGAGGGAAUUUCACAAUGAUAUCUGAGAACCGGUUCGACGUCGAAGUAAUAGGAGUCGACUACGAUGUGAUCCAAGAUUACAUACAGCAUCAGUCACCGAUUUUCAAGGAUCUUGACGGCCGCGUUGAGAUAUCCAACCCUUGUAGUGACUAACAAUAAGUACCUAUUAAAAUAUUACAAUAAGU